AUGUUGAAGAGAUUUAAAAGUAGUGAACUAGGAGAGUCUGCAAGUCGUCGUGUUGGUCAUAACUGUACGACAGAUUAUGCAAAGUCUUCAAAAUCAAAAUGUCGCGUUUAUGAUGAAGGUUACAAAAGCACGGCUUGGAAUCAUUAUGAUUGUUUCUGGAAACACCCUGAAACAAAAAAACUCAAUGGUAUUGAGGAAAUACAUAAUUUUUCUACAUUAAAACCAGAGGAUCAAGCAAAGAUAUCAACGACAUUCAAGGAUUUCAAACAAAAACAAAAACAAAAUCAGGCUGUAUCUAACAAACGAAAACGUGCUCUGGAAGAGGACUGA